AUGUGUACGAUGCGUAUGUUUGUUGGUUGCAAAACAUUAUUCACAAUCUAUUUAUUUCUAACCAUCGUUACACAACAAGAAAAUAUGACGAUAGCAGCAGCAGCAAGUAAGGCUGGUUUGGAAUUGGCCACUUUUGGUGCUGGUUGUUUUUGGGGCACAGAGAAAUUUUUUAGCAAGCAAUUUGGAUCUAAUUUAAAAUCAUUUGCUGUUGGUUACAUGGGUGGUCCUUCGAAAGCUACUUAUAAAGAUGUUUGUACUGGUACGACCAAUCAUGCUGAAGUUCUACAAGUAUCUUACGAACCCACCCAAUUGGCAUAUAGUGAUUUAGUUCAUUUUUUCUUUCGUAUGCAUGAUCCUACUACUUUGAAUCGACAAGGAAAUGAUCGAGGUACCCAAUAUCGCUCAGUUAUCUUCACUCAUACUAAAGAACAACAGAAAAUUGCAGAACAAGUACGUGAUGAAGUACAAGCUAGUGGUAAAAUCAAAGGACAAAUUGUUACACAAAUAGAACCAGUCGGUGAUCUACAAUUCUUUAUGGCUGAACCCUAUCAUCAACGAUAUCUAGAAAAUCAACCUGAUGGUUACUGCAAUCAUAAACUGUAUUAUUAA